UCCUGCGCAGUCUUUGUUGGUGAUGUUUUAUGUUGACCUCCUAACUGUGACGCUUGUAGCAGCAAGAGACGAAUCUUCAGCAGUGGCGCGCAAACACUCUGAUCUCUCUUACUGAGCGCAGCUGAGAAGAACUGAAGCAACAACAGCAGCGGAGAACAGCGGGGAUCCGGCUUACACAAUUAACAAGCACUUCUGCUGUGCCUGGCCCUUAACUCAAGACAUGACAACCAAGGACCGAUUGACGAAACACCGUUAAGGAGAAGGAGCCAUGGAGUCUCUCUUUGGAGGACAGUUGGGUUUGCUGGGGGGUAACGAGGGGCUAAAAGAAGAUGGUUGUGGUGUGGGCUGGUCAAGCUCCCCAUUAUCAGAGGAUAUGUACUCCGCCUCCCACUUCGCCCUCAUCAGUGCCUACCAGGAUAUUAAAACCCGACUGGCUGGCCUUGAGAGAGAAAAUGCAGACAUCAAAAGAAAACUCAAGAUUUACGAGAUAAAGUUCCCCAUGAUAAGCGAGUUUGGAGAGGACAGAAACUCCUACUGCUCCUUUGAGCCCAAAGACACUGCCCUGCUGCAGUCAGAGAAUGGCAGCCUGCAACAGAGAGUCAGCAUGCUUACCCUCGAGCUUCAGCAGAGCAAAGAACGUGAGGAACAGCUGGAAGAUGUCAUUCAGGCAUACGAGAAGAUCCACAUGGAAAAGACCAGCCUUCAGCGAGACCUGGACAAGAUGACAUCUCUGGUGGAGAAACAUGUUGAGCGGAUCCACAGUUUAGAGUCAGCUCUUAGACAGAGGGAGAGCUCUCUUCACAAACUCAACACACAGCUACACAACAAAGACAUGCAGUAUUUGCAACUACACAGUCCUGACUCACAUAUGCUUGACUGCCCCAUGACCCUACAGAGCUCCCGAAGUCUGGACACCCUCUCCGACCUCAAAUUGCAGCGUCUAGAGGCAGAGCUAGAGGGGGUGCGGAAUGAGGCUCAGGGGGCGUGUCAGAGAGAGGAGGAGCUGAAGGCUGAAUGUGAGAGGUUACGGGAAGAGCUCAGAGAACUGCAAAGCAACCAGAGACAACGGGAGGUCAGCUCCACAUGUGGACAGUGUGAUGUGGAGUGGAUAAAGAAAGUUGGAGAUGAACAAGUAAAUUUGGCUUUGGCCUAUACCGAACUAACAGAGGAGUUAGGCAAGUUACAAGCUCUGACCUCCAAACAGACCGAGAUAUUGCAGAAGGCCUCACAGGAGCCAGCAAGUCCAGUUCAGCGUCACUCUCCUGUCCCUCACCAGAGGCAUUCUCCCGUUCCCCAGCGCCACUCCCCAAUCCAACAGCGUCAUUCCCCAAUCCAACAGCGUCACUCCCCUGUGCCCCAGCGCCGUUCCCCUGUGCUGCAGCGUCUCUCCCCUGACAUGCAUCGGCGCUCACCUCUGCCUGAGUUAAGCAAUGGCCCUGCAUCCUAUUCCAGCAGGCCCACAUCCCACCACCUGAGGGCAAGUUUCCAGGGCAGGCGCAGUUACUCAGAAGUAGCUGAUCCGUCGGCUUAUCAGCGUCCACCGCGGUUCACACUAGACCCGGUGUCCACCCUGCCAAAACCUCGUCCAUAUGUGGACAGCUACUACAAACAACAGCAACAACAGCAGCAGCAACAACAGCAGCACGGGGGAAGCCAGCAUAUGAAAGUUCAAAGACAGGGCUCUCAGGCAGGUAUGCAAGGGGUGGGAGGAGACGGGGGUUUGGCUGAAUCUCCACGGCUGACCAGGGAGCUGUCAUUCCACCACUCUGAUGUGUCCCACCUGCAUUUUGAGCCUCAGCCCAGCCCAGCCCCACUGCAUUCAUCCCCGCAGCCUCCACAGUCCUCAGAGGAUGAGGAGGAGUGGUCCUGCCCUCAUCCCAUCAGUCCUCCGCAAACACUGGGGGUGUCGAACCCCUCAUCAAGCAGCAGAGGCCCCACCUCUUGUACUGCCUUCCCCAUUCCGCCCCGCCCCAGCACCCUAAGCUGCCACCCACCUGGAUACCUGCAUGCAGAGCAUGCCCAGUCUUGGCCGUCCAUCAACAUAAAGGUCGGGCAAGGAGGAGCCACUGUAACAGCUGUGGAUGGAGACAGAAGAGGAGGGAGACAUCAGGAGCUGCCCACUGUGUCAGCUAAUCUUCCCUGUUGGUUACCCGGAUGAUGCCUUGAUCAAGCACAUUGACUCGCACCUGGAGAACAGCAAGAUCUGACACCCACAGCAAUGACAUGACCUUCUGUUGUUGCACAGUAACAUUCAUUCACAGCUCCCACUAUUUAUAGCUGGGUGCCUUUAGAGAGAAUGUAGGCGAUCCACCUGUGGCCGGUCUCAGAGUCGAUAAAAGUGAAACAGAAAUCAGUGAUAAAAUACACAACUAAAUAUAACAGAUACAGUAUAUCAUGAAUCCCAAAGAGAGGCCAUGAAAGGUUAAUAGGCAUCCAUGAAAUAUCUCCAUCAGGUUUCCUUUUAGUAAAUGUAUUUACAUAUAUAUUUUGGCUCACAGUAAAUCAAACUCCAAGUGAGGCAAAGGGCAAUGCACAUUGCAGUAUUAAGGUACUCAUUUGUGCUUUUAACUACAGUUCCCAUGAUCCUUUGCUUUAUUUACACUGUGGCAUUGCCACUCAAUGUGCUUUGUAACCAUUAGGAGAAAUGAGUAACUGUUCUAGCUAACUGUAUUUAUGAGGUGCUAUGCAGGAUGAGACAUGAGUGUGAAAUAAUGAGACACAUGGCCAGUGGUUGCAUUUUGAGGUAAAUAUCAUUUGAAUUUCAGCACUUUACAUAAGCUUAAUAUCCAGUUUACCUUUACCAAUAUUACUAACACUGAGGUAAAAAAGCAAAACCUUAUAGAUAUAAUGUAUUUUUUAAUACUCCAAGGUCAUGCCCUUAAACAUACACUCAAUGAGUAUUUUAUUAGGAACACCUGUACACCUACUUAUUCAUGCUAUUAUCUAAUCAGCCAUCAUGUGGCAGCAGUGCAAUGAAUAAAAUCAUUCAGAUACGGGUCAGGAGCUUCAGAUAAUGUUCACAUCAACCAUCAGAAUGGGGAAAAAAAUGUGAUCUCAGUGAUUUCUACCGUGGCAUGAUUGUUGAUGCCAGAUGGGCUGGUCUGAGUAUUUUUGUAACUGCUGAUCUCCUGGGAUUUUCACGCACAACAGUUUCUAGAGUUUACUCAGAAUGGUGCCAAAAACAAAAAACAUCCAGUAAGCGGCAGUUCUGCAGACAGAAACUCCUUGUUGAUGAGAGAGGUCAACAAAGAAUGGCCAGACUGGUUCGAGCUGACAGAAAGACUACGGUAACUCAGAUAGCCACUCUGUACAAUUGUAGUGAGCAGAAUAGCAUCUCAGAAUGCACAACAUGUCGAACCUUGAGGAGGAUGGACUACAACAGCAGAAAACCACAUCGGGAACUUUAUUAGGGCCAUAGUGUUCCUAAUAAUGUGCUCAGUGAGUAUAUCUUAGUUUGGUAAGACUUCCCUUUAACUAGAUUAUUUGAAAUCAUGUGUAAACUCAAGAUCACUUCUAUUUUUUUUUGUCUUCCGGGGUGUUUGGCUGUACAAAGAGGGGAGAUUUUUCUUAUACAUAUUCUUAAAGAAUUUACUGUCAUAAUAUACAUAAUGCUUGCAGCUCUGUGCAGAUUUUAGCCAACCAUUGACAAAACACCAGUUACUGUGUUGUUUCUCAAGACAGUCCAACUGUGAUUUCCAUAGUAAACUUGGACAAUCUGUUUACUGAGCAUAGAACAAAAUGCUUUCUAUGCGCAGUGCUCUCAGUAUGGCAUACGAAAUUGGUAUGCCAUUUCCAGUUAAAUUCCUUGUUUGAUCAACCAGUUUAUGUGCUUAGCCUACUUCUGAAAAAAAUGUUUUGACAAACUAAUAUAUUUUUUCUUUUGAUCACAUCACAGAGCUCAAUAAAAUUCUAGCAGUUAAAGCUUUUUUAAUGUAUGUAUUGUAAAUGUAUACCUGUAUUUAAUGACAGUUACAUGUUUUAACCUGUAAAUUCAGCUAUAUAAUAUAUAGAUAUGCAUUUUGCAAGCUGGAAUAACAGCAGCUGGAUUGCUGAAGAUCUAAAGAAAACCAUUGAAACUGCUAAUUAAAAUGAUUUUGUAUCGCUGGGAUCCAAACGUUAAAGCCACCCUACAAAAAAACAGUUCAGUGUUUUAUUAGCUAAUUUUAGUGUUAAAAUGUCUGCUUAUUUGCUCCUUUUCCUGAUCUGUAGACUUCAUGAUGUCAAGGGCACUGGAUUUGCUAAUAACCCAAAUACAGAGGAUUUAAAAUGGGAAAGCAGCACUAAAAAGUCACCACUGGUUCACAUGUGCGAAAUGACCAGGCUAAAUAUGGCAAGAGCAAAAUGAGAAGCUAUGCUGUCUAUCAAAUAGUUAGGAAGAGGUUUUAUCCAAUUUGUUGUCUAAUUACACAUGGUACCUGCUCAUUUUCUAAUGGAAAAUACUGGAUUCGAUAAAUAGACUGGCCAGCUGUUGUAAAUAUGAAUCAUCUAUGAUGUCACCAUUAACUACACAAUGAAGGACUAAAAACAAGUGAGAAUAUGUGGAUAAAAUGAAAUACAAUCGAAUCAACCAAAGACAGCUUGCUUGUUUUAUUCAUAUCUUUCAGAUGAUGACCAAGCACCACAUAAGCAUAUUGUAUCGAAAUAUGGUGCAAUUGGAAAACGUGGAAAACCUUUGACCAUGUGUGCAGAUGCGGAAAGUUGCAGCUGAAGUGUAAAGAAAAUACAUUUCUGCAAAAUCGUUUACUAGCGUGCAAAACAUCUUUCCAUAGCUAAUUUAUCUAGUACCCUUGUUCACAAACUUGCAGAGUAGAAGCAAAGGAAAACUUCAGCCAUUAUUCACAAAGAGUUCACUCAGGAGUUAUUUAAAGAGCUACUGCUGUUUUCUUGUUCCUCAAGACAAUGUUUUUCUCCUACAAUGGCAAAAUAGCAAACUGAAUACUUUUUUGAAUGCUCAAAAUAUAUGGUCUCUCUUUUGCCCUGUUGUUUGGUGUGACUUUUUUGUGAUAUUCUUAAAUAACUCAGGGGAUAAAACUUUGUGAAUAUGGCUCCUUGACCAUACACGAUUAACCUCCACAGGGACAAAGUGAUAACUCGCCAAAUCUACUAAAGAGCUACGAGGACACUAAUGAGGGGUAGAGAUAUUUUGUGAUAGCAUUAAGGUAUUUCAAAGAAAAUGGGAACAAUAAACACUGAAAAUGAAUGCAUAUUGUGUCAAAAUAUUUCUUAUGUAAAUACUAUGUGAAAUAAAAUGGAACAUG